AUGGUCAAUAUUACAAACGUCAACUUGCUGAGUCUGGCGACGAGCAUUCCGUAUGCGCAGGAGCUGUAUGCUGUUGCUAAUGCAUCGACGGACUAUGUCUCUUUCUUAUCAUACAACGAAUCUUUCGUCACCGAUAUUCUAGGACCCAAUGUCUCGCAGCAAUUGGUCGGCGAGUACAAUGACUAUCAACCGUUCCACGAAAGUGGCGUGUAUAAUAUUGCAACUGGCAAGCUCUAUGCUACAAGCAACUGGCAAUUCAACUUCAGCAAUCCGAUCAAUGUUACCGCCAUUGAUAUCAGCGGCAACAACAGCAUUGAGUCUAUUCGCUACGAGCAGUUGGCAGAGGCCAAUGGUGCAUCUGCAUUCUACCCCGUAGGCACACCUUGGAACAGCAGCAAAGGCCAACAAAUCGUCUUCUGCGACGAAGGCGAUUUGGUCAACCCUGCCCAAUUGGUCCUCGUAGAUCCAGCAACCAACAAGAGUCAAGUCCUGCUCAACAACUUCCUCGGCCGCAACUUUACUUCCAUCAACGAUGUUAAGCAGCAUCCCGUGACUGGUGAUCUCUGGUUCACAGACGUCCCAUACGGAUACUGGCAAUACUUCCGCCCUGCUCCUGUCAUCAAGUACCAAGCCUACCGCUUUGAGCCCAAAACUGGUGUGGUACAAGCAGUUGCUGAUGAUGCAGUUGCACCCAAUGGUAUUGAGCUGUCGCCUGACUUCAAGCAUGUGUAUAUCACCGAUACGGCUGUUCACACUUUCCCUAACAAGGAUAACUUGACUAUGCCUUCGACAAUUUACCGCUACGAUAUCACUGCUGAUGGCAAGAGAUUGGAGAACAAGCAGUUGUUUGCUUACUCUGAUAUCGGCCUUCCUGAUGGUAUUCAUUGCGAUACUAUGGGUAAUGUGUAUGCUGGUUGUGGAGACGGUGUUCAUGUAUGGAACCCUGAAGGUGUCUUGCUCGGUAUCUUCGCAGUCAGUGGUGGAGCUGCAAACUUUGCUUUCGUGCCUGAUGGCAUGUAUAUCUUCAACGAGCACAAGUUGUUCAAGGUUACGCUGCAAGCUGAGGGUCGUGAGGUCAAGAGAGACUUUGGAUUGUACUAA